UCCUUCAGCACUGUCUGCAGCAGAGGAGGACUCGGGAGCAGCUUGUGGAGCAAGGUAUCAUGCCUCCUCUGAAAACUCCCACCGCCUUCCAUAAGCAGCUUCGCAGCCUGGAGAGAGCCAGGACUGGAAACUUUUUAAAACACAAACUUUGCAGCCGACCAGAACGUUCUGAGCUGGUCCGUAUGCACAUCCUUGAAGAAACGCAGGCGGAGCCCUCGCUGCAGGCCACACAGAUGAAACUGAAGCGAGCCAGACUGGAGAAUGAUCUCAAUGAGAAAAUCUCCCAGAGACCUGGACCCAUGGAGCUGGUUGAGAAGAAAAUCCUGCCGGUUGACAGUGGAGUGGAGAAGCUUGGAAAUGGUAGCUCUGAAAUCUCAGAGACGCCACGUGUUCCAGAUGUUUUCAGCUUCGAUGAGGACAGCAGUGACGCAUCUUCGCCACAACAGCCCAACAGCCAGCAGUCUCACUUCUCCACAUCUCCAAAAGAGGCCUCUUGUUCUCCCUCUAGCUCCAGUUCCCCCUCACAGCUCUCUCCAACGCUCAGCUCGCACUCUCCAUCAAAUGUAGUCGGCCUCAUCUCCACCACCGAGCUAAAGAGCAACCGGCAGACACGUCACCCGGUCAUUCCACCAGGCCCGGUUCUUGUAAAACAAAGCUUGGCGAAGCCACCGGCUGACAAAAGCCGCAGCAAAAAGAGCAAAGAGCCCAAGCCGCGGGUGAAAAAGUUGAAGUAUCAUCAGUAUGUUCCCCCCGACCAGAAGCAGGAGCUCGGUGAAGUGCCAAUGGACUCGUCGUACGCCCGUCUCCUGCAGCAGCAGCAGCAGUUCCUCCACCUUCAGAUCCUGAGCCAGCAGCAGCAGCACUACAACCACCAGGCUGUCCUACCGCUCACUCUGAACAUAUCAACAACUAAGGUUCAAACCAGCUGCUCGGCUGUUGUUCUUAGAGGAAACUCUUCAUCCGCUCCUGUGCAACUCCAUUGUGCUAACACAAACCGCAAGCCAGAUCUCUUACCAGCAAAUUUAGACGAGAUGAAGGUGGCAGAGCUGAAAAUGGAGCUAAAACUCAGAUCUUUGCCUGUUUCUGGGACUAAGACGGAUCUAAUAGAGAGGCUGAAGCUGUUUCGGGAGAGCUCUGGCACCCAGCCUGCUGCUACCACAGAGACAGCCCCGCAAUCUGAAAACGUAAAGCUCUCGUCGCCCGUUUCCCUUAUAGCUUCUGAAGUGUCUAAACUGGGAAUAGAAGACUGCCAUAAGACAGACAGUUCAGCAAAGGUGGUUUCAGAUACUCCAGCGGGGACUAUUGAGUGCAAGAACUCAUCUCAUGAGGAGUGCUCCUCUGAGACAAAGUCCAGUCAGAAGGACUCUGAAAAGGACAAACGUCUGCAUGAGAAGGAGCGUCAGAUAGAGGAGCUGAUGAAGAAGCUCCAGCAGGAGCAGAAGCUGGUGGAGAAACUGAAGAUGCAACUGGAGGUAGAGAAAAGAAGCCAGCAAAGUGACUCUCCACCUCACCUGAACCCUCUGGUUCCAGUCCAGGUGAAAGAGGAAACCAGGACCGUAUCAGCCUGCUCCGUGUCCUGCAGCUCUCCUGUUCUGCCAGGACGGGUCAAACAGGAGGAAUCUGCAGAACAGAACCACGUAAGCACUUCAAAGCAGUUGAUUAUAGCUCACCAGACCAUCACACAAGCUGAAACUCUGCAGUGUGUCAAGGCUGGAGCUCAGAUCCUUCUGCCCACAUAUCUUCCCGCCUUAGCAGUGGCUGUCGAGCUCCCUGCCAAAGGCAUUCACUUACAAACUCCUGCAACCAGCCCAGCUCCAGGCCACAUCCACACAUCUGGACACGUGCCACAGAAAACAGAUAUUUCUGCCGCCAAUCAGCAACAAAACCAAAGUCAAACUAGGCAACUGACGAAGACGUGGACGAUGAAUAUCAAAGCACAAAACGUGCUCGACAUGUUCCCAGAGAUUGGAUGUGACGGUGCUUCACCCUGCCAAGUUGCCCCAAACACAAAGAGGUCGCCCUGCUCUGGCCAACCCUUUGUGAUUUCACAGCAGACAAAACUCACAAACCAUGUGUCAAAAAGUAAAGACCCACCUCGUUACGAGGACGCAGUUAAACAGACACGCAGCAUGUUGACAGCUGCUCAGGGUCCCAAUGCAGCGAGUCAGCAGAUGGAUGACUUGUUUGAUGUGCUGAUUGAGAGUGGAGAGAUGUCCCCUUUCACCAGACAGAAUCCACCCAACCUGGAAAAGCAUAUCCCAGUGACAGCCAGUGUCACCACCCUUCCCAUCAACACAGUUUUGUCACGACCUCCUCCUCUAGUACAGGUGGCCCAGAUGCCUGUAGCACCACUCAACCCCUCAACGGACCUGGCCCCUCUGACCUCUAAGACCAAGAUGGAGAACCUUCUGGACACCACGCUGGUCACUGACACAGAGGCACAGAAACUAAAGCUGAUGGAUGUGUUAAACUUCCCUGCGGUUGCGAUGGACGUGAACUUUAGUGAAAACAUGCCACCCUCUGUGAACCUGCCAAACGCCACCGUGGACAGUAUGGAUUGGCUGGACCUUACCCUGUCUGUGCCAGCAGAGGGCAUCAAUCCUUUGGACAUGUCAGUUCCAGAGGGCGUCUUCUCCUCUGACUUCCUGGACUCUAAUGAACUGCAACUGAACUGGGACUGA